UCGACUGACCUUAAGCCUUUUGAAUGUCACUCCAUCCAGUCCUCUGUUGAUUUUUCGGCGAUGCCAUUCUCCAAAUUGCAAGAUUCUGUCGAAAACGGAAAGGAAGCAUUUGCCUGGAUCAUUGCUCCAUAUGAUAUUGAAAUAUUUUUCAGGAAAGUUUAUGUUACAAAUCGAAAAGAACCCAAUUAUUACGGUGAUUUGUUCAGCUCAGCUAUGUUUGUUGAAAUCCUUCAAAAAAAUUUUGUAGAAUAUGGUACAAAUAUAAAUGUGGCAUUAUAUAAUGGUGAUGAGCGUAAGACCUUAAAUGGCACUGGUCGUGUUUAUCCGGAGCAGAUAAAAAUUCACCUAAAGGAAGGGCGUUCAAUACAAUUAAUCAAUCCUCAAACAUUUUGCGAUAAUGUUUGGUAUCUGUGUGAUACACUACAAGAAUUUUUCGGUUCAUUUGUUGGUGCUAAUACAUAUCUAACUCCAGCAGGAUCGGCUGGUUUUGCACCUCAUUGGGAUGAUAUUGAUGCAUUUUUAAUGCAAAUUGAGGGCAGAAAAAAUUGGAAAGUUUAUGCUCCGCAAAAUGAAUGUGAUGAAUUACCUCGUGAAUCUAGUAAAAAUUUCUCGAACGAUGAUAUGAAAAAUGCAAAACUAAUAUUCGAAGGAUGGCUGGAACAAGGCGAUUUACUUUAUAUUCCAAGAGGAUUUAUUCACCAGGUAUUAUCCAAAACACAUUCAUUGCACUUGACGGUUAGUUUUUGUAGGAAUACGGCUUUUAUUGAUUUGCUAGAAAAACUUUUGCCUGUUACGCUCUCUUCUUUGGCCAAUAAUCUGCGUGGCCUCCGUCAGUCUCUUCCCGUCCAGUAUCUUGAUAUGGAAGGAGUUCUUCGUAAAAAUUACAAGCUGUCAGAUCAGUUUGCUUUAAGAUUUACUGACUUCCUUGAUAGUCAUCUUCAAAACCUCAGGGCAUUUUCUUCUCAGUUUUAUGCAGCUGGUUUAGAUAUGAUGGCUUGUGACUUUAUGAAAAAUGCAUUGCCACCCAUGCUCACGCAAGAGAAAAGAUUAAGUGUUCUUGGCGAUAGUAAUUUUAAUAUCUUUGGCACUUUAAAAAAAUUCAAGAAAACAACGGAAAUUCGAUUAUUACGAAGGCAUACGCAAAGAUUGUUUUUCGAAACUGAGGACGAAUGUUUUAUCGCACACCGAAUUGAAAAUUCCAGAGUGAGUGAAGGUCGCCCAGAAGUGUCUGAUUUACGAUGCUCUCCUGAAGAAACUAACGUUGAACUUGCGGAACUGUUGUACAGUAAUGGUAUUUUGUUAGCUCGUUUUUAA